UGAAGCAGCUGACGAAGGACGAUAGAGACACGGACCUUGGAAAGCAGCGGAGGAGCCUUCUUUUCUACAAAAUACGGCGUCAUGGCAGGAGGAUCGAGGGGUGGACACAGUCCAGAACACUCCAGAGACAGGCAUCACUCUGCCAGUGCCUGUGAUUCGGAGACUUGUGUAAACCUGCGCGUCAUCAAUUAUGACGACACUGUGCGUAGACUGGAUCAUUACUAUGGCAUUGUUAAGCGACAACUGCUACAGAACCAGAGUGUUACCCUGGGAUUGUUCCCUGCCUGUAGCAUGGAGAAGCGUGAAGCUGAUAUCAGAACUAGUGUCUACUGCGCUGCUUCUAUAUGGAGUCUUUAUCAGUCAUACAGACGUAUUGAUGAUGACCGAGGCAAAGCAUAUGAACUAGGCCAGUCCUGUGUCAAGUGUAUGCGUGGCAUUCUCAUGUGCUGGAUGCGGCAGAGUGAAAAAGUAGAGAUGUUUAAGCAGGGCCAACAACCAAAAUAUGCUCUACAUGCCAAAUUUAACCUUCUAACAGGAGAGGAAGUUAUUUCAACUGAUGAUUAUGGUCAUCUGCAGAUUGAUAUUGUUUCCCUGUACCUGAUUUUCCUGGUCCAGAUGAUUAAUUCAGGUCUACAGAUUAUAUACACCAUGGAUGAAGUCACUUUUGUCCAAAAUUUGGUGUAUUAUGUGGAGAGAGCUUACCGUACACCUGAUUUUGGUAUGUGGGAAAGAGGAAGCAAAUACAACAAUGGAACGCCUGAACUUCAUGCCAGUUCAAUUGGUAUGGCAAAAGCUGCAUUGGAGGCCAUCAAUGGAUGCAAUCUCUUUGGAGAGAAAGGUGCAUCUUGGUCAGUCAUCUUUGUUGACAUUGAUGCACAUAACCGCAACCGCAGCAUCUUUGAAACACUGUUACCAAAAGAAUCCAGUUCUAAGAGUGUUGAUUCUAGUCUUCUUUGCACUAUAUCAUUUCCUGCUUUUGCUACCCAUGAUCAGAUGUUAUACACUACUACCAGAAGUCAGAUACUUAAUACUCUCCAAGGUGCUUAUGGCUUCAAAAGAUUUCAGCGUGAUGGGUAUGGCACAGUUGUAGAAGACAAGGAAAGGAGGUACUACCAUGCCUCAGAAACAAAGGAAUUUGAAAAUAUUGAAUGUGAGUGGCCCCUCUUCUACUUGUUCAUGAUCCUUGAAGGCAUGUUUAAAGACUCCCAAGAGCAAGUGGAGCAGUAUAAGGCAAAACUGAGUCCAUUGCUCAAGAAAGAUAGAUGGGGAGAUGCUGUAGUGCCAAAGUACUAUUUCAUACACAAGAACCAUGUAAAUGCAGAAAGACAUGAUCCAGGAUCUCAGCCUCGGCAACCCAGCUCGCAGGGCACACCUAAGAAUCUCUUCCUCUGGGGUCAGAGUGUUUGGAUAAUAGCCUCCUUGUUGAUGGAUAAACUCCUGCAUAUCAAUGAAUUGGACUUAAUCCGACGCUAUUUACCCUCCUAUAACCGUCCUCGUAAAGGCGGGCGCUAUUCAGCAUUCCAGAGCAAGACCAGCAAAGGGACAGCAAGCGAUUUGGUGGUGCAGGUUGUCUUGAUUGCAGAAAGCAUGCGUUUGCAAGCAAUGAUGGCAACAUACGGCAUCCAGACUCAGACACCUCAUGAAGUAGAGCCCGUCCAGAUAUGGCCGCCUCGGGAUCUAGUCAAAGUUUAUCAAAAUCUUGGUGUAAGCGAAAAGAUUGGAGUCCAUGGCAGACCACUACGUCCCAUUGGUGCCUUGGGAACCAGCAAGAUUUACCGUAUAUGUGGCCAGACAGUGUUGUGCUACCCAUUGGUGUUUGAAGUAAAGGACUUCUACCUCUCUCAUGACAUGGCUCUCCUUAUAGACGACAUAAAGACAGAGCUUCAUUUUGUUGGGAAGUACUGGAGACUCUCUGGCAGGCCCACUGUGUGUAUCCUCAUAAGGGAAGAACACAUGAGGGAUGUGCACUUCCGAGAAUUGUUAGAUCUGUUGGCCAUGUUGAAAACAGGUUACUGUGAUGGACUGAAAAUUCGAACUGGCAGACUUCAGAAUCUCAUUGCGUCAUCUUGUAUUGAGCAUCUGGACUUCCUGAGCACACUGGAUAUCGACUUGGAUAUCAGUCCCUUUGAGCAACUACAACAUGCCAGUAUUGGAUAUCAGUCUCUCACAGAUGUUCCAACGGCAAUUAAGUAUUCGGAGGAUUCCAUGAGCUUUAAGGAUAUGGCCUUGCGACCCACAGAGGAAGUAAUAAAUGUUUUGAGGUCAGUGUCUACACUUCACGGCCAAACUCAACUCCUAGGAAUUCUGCUUCGGAGAGAAGGUCAAAAUUUCCAAAUAGAUGGUGUCUCAGUGAGUGAUCGUGUGCGUUCCCUGUUACGUCAGUCUUCCUCUCUUCGGUAUUGGGCUGUGGUUCGGGAAUGCACUGCAUUGCUAUCAAAGGAAGUGGAGUCAAUAUCACCUUACAUCACCACUGUACUAGUAUCAGGAAAGCAGCUGACAGUUGGCUAUGGUGAAGAUGAGAUCAUCUUGGAUAAACCUGUCCAACCAGGAGAAAUCCAUGAUCUGUUCUACACCCCAGCUCUGCAAGCACACAAUGUAGUUCAGGCCGUGCUUCAACAAGAGGUUGUCUUAUACUGUGGUAAGCUGAUCGCAACACAUCCUCAGCUUUUCCUUGGUAUUCUCAACAUUAGGGUUGGAUGGGUGAUCAAGGCAAUGCAGUAUUACUUACAUGAAGUUAAAGGGACAAAAGAUGUUGUUGAAGCUCUUGCUCCAAAUGAAGUGAGACGCCUUGUUGUCAAGGUCCUUUCUCUUGAUGAUUGGGCACUUAAAGAAAAAUUAACUCCCCAGCAAAUUAGGGUAAUUGAUGGAUGCCUUGGAAGAACUCCCAAGAAGUUUUAUGAGAAGGUGUGGCACAUCCUUGUCAAAACUCCUGGAGGUGUUCGCCUUGGUGAUCAGACAUUGCCUCAGCAGCCCACACUCUCCGAGAUGUCUCACAGUGAUCUCAACUUUGCCCUUACUGUUCAGUCUCUUCUGAAUCGCAUUCAACACCCAGAAUACCGACAGAUUGUUGUGGAGCUUAUCUCUGUCAUUGCCACAAUUCUGGAGAGGAAUCCUGAGCUGAAGUUCACACAUGCAGUGGAUUUGGACCAGAUUGUUAAAGAUGCUUUCAAGAUGUUCAUGAAGGAUCUUGGCAAGGAAGUGACAGAGGACAUUUCUCAUCUCUACACUGUAUCUGAAGUUGGAAUGAAGAGCUACCUUGCACGUGCUGUAGUGAACUUCAUGCUGAAAGGAGACAUAAAAACUAAUGCUGAAGAGGGUCAGACCUUCUGUCAGGUAUCUUAGUGUUUUUUUGUUUGUUUUUUUGCCUCACGGAUAAAGUUACAUUGGCUGUUGUUUUCCUUUCUUUUAGGAAGUUGCAAUAGCUGGAAUGCAAUGGAGUCUCAGCUUUUGUUUUAAUUUAGUUUUUAUUAUGCAGUACACAUAGUGUAUGGCAUUCUGACAAGAUUGUUUAAUUACUACUUAUUAAUUUUUUGUGAUUGUUCAAAAAAGAUAUAAUUUUGAACUAUUUUUUGUUAGGGUUAUUAUGUUGAGUUAAUUGGAUGAUUCAUUUAUGUGUAUACAGUAUUAUUAUUGCAUUGUAUAUGCUGCAGUAUUUUAGUCAGAAGUCAAUGUUUUGUCCCUUUCUGUAUGAAUUCAUAUACAGAGAAGUAAAUUUUUGUUUUUCCUCGAUGGUGCUGUUUUCUUUGUUGAUGUAUUACAGAAAUUAUUCAAUAUUUGUUUUUUAUUGAAGCUGCACAAAUGUAUAGAAAAAAGUAUCGCAGAUUAUGCAAGAAGCCUGUCAUAGUAUAUAUAUUAGUGAUUGCUUUCAUGAAAUUACCUUUCAUGGUUUACAUGUGGCAAUUAAUCAUGGUAUUCUUAAGCAGAAUUUAGAGCUAAAGAUAGAAAAAUGAGUUAAUUAAGAAGAAAAAAAGAAAAAAAAAGAGUAACCACACAGGUCAGUUUGCUCAUUGUGUUAUAAACAUAUCUAGUCAUUUCCAGUUUUGUGUAUAUAGAUAUUCCUUAAAUGAGAAAUUUAGGCGAUUGACAUUGUUAUAAAUAUUUAAUAAAAUAAAGGACUGUUGCAAUUAUCUUUCCAAAAAUUAUUUCCAGUUCUGUGUACCUUCAUAUUCCUCAUUCAUUUUAAUCAAGUAGGACUUUGUAUAUUGGUUAAAAAAUUAACAAUGCCGUAAUAUUUGAUGAUAUUUUCUGAUUACAAUUUUAUUAUUUACCUUUUAGGGUGUACCUUGGUCUUCAUUUGUCAUUGUUUACAAUAUGCAGUCAUAUUAUAGUGAAGUAAUGAUAUACAGAUUUUUGUUGACAGUUUUUAUAUGAUUCUUGUACAUUUUUAUUCAUAGGAAAUGAAGUCAGUGAAAUAAAAUGUAGAUGAAUACACUGAUUAUAUUAUUCUUGAUUACAAUAUUCAAGUGAAGGUUAACAUGGAGAACCUAUUAUAAUUACUUUAAUCCUCUAAUAAAACUGUCCAAUUGCUGA